AUGAAGAAGAGAAAUUAGAAACUAUCUGAUUUAUGUGUCACAUCAAAAGUGCUUUGCGCAAGAUUCGGAACUUACACUAAGCAAUUAAUAGCUGCCGGAGAUGAGAAGAAUAGCGUUCAAAUCUGGUAAAUUGGAAAUCAAAAACCCAUUGCAGUACUUCUAUAAUACAUUCCUAGACAUUAAGUUCAUUAAACACUUCAAAUGCGUAAGUUGAAGUUGCAAGCGUGA